AAAAUUCGGGCAACAUUUAUUGGUGGACGUUGUCAGAACCUCUUCACUUUCUUCAUGACUUCAGCCAAGUUGCUUUUCGUCACAGGAAAAAGAAAUUAAAUUGUGAUAAAGAGAAGGAAACAUAAUAUAAUGUUUUAACUUUUAAGGCUUCGAUCGUAUUGAACACUUCUGGCUUUGAUUCGUUCGAUUGGUUUGGGUAAGCUUCAAAUCGGAGAAUUAUGAGCAAUCUGAGAACACUGUGCAGACCGCAACCACUGUUCUCCUUCAUUAGUUGCAGACAAUUAUUCCGAUCUAGGGCUUCAUUUCGAAGCCCUAAUUGCAAGCCUCGUUCAACAUCGCCGUCAAUAUAUUCUACAUGGUUGGAUCCUCCGGGUUCAAGCAGAAUGGAGUUUGGGUUUCGCGGCAGCCAGAGGAGAACCCUGGUCAAGGCAUCGAAUUGGACUGAGCAAAAGUCCCCAUAUGAAACUCUUGAAUUAGAAAGAGAUGCUGAUGAGGAACAGAUAAAGAAUGCUUAUAGACGCUUGGCCAAAUUUUAUCACCCAGAUGUCUAUGAUGGUAGAGGAACCCUUGAGGAAGGUGAAACAGCAGAAGCAAGGUUCAUAAAGAUUCAAGCUGCUUAUGAAUUACUUAUAGAUGAUGAGAGGCGGCGGCAGUAUGAUAUGGAUAACCGAGUGAACCCAAUGAAGGCAUCUGAGGCAUGGAUGGAGUGGCUUAUGAAAAAGCGAAAGGCUUUUUAUCAGCGAGGUGAUAUGGCUAUUGCUGCUUGGGCAGAGCAGCAACAGCGUGAGUUAAAUAUCCGUGCACGUAGUCUAUCUCGUUCAAAGAUUGAUCCAGAAGAAGAAAGGAAAAUCCUGGCCAGAGAAAAGAAAGCUUUUGCCGAAAAUUUCAACAAUACCCUUAAGAGGCAUACGCUUGUAUUAAAGAAAAGAGAUUUAAUGCGAAAAAAGGCCGAGGAAGAAAAAAAGAAGACUAUCGCUCGGCUGUUGGCUGCAGAGGGUCUUGAGCUUGACUCCGAUAGUGAUGAGACACUGUAGCGGACAUGGGCUUGGCUUUUACUUUCCAGGAAUGAUAAAUGAUAUCUGAUUUAAUGCUAUAAUGUCUCCCAGCCCAAAUACAAUGCUUUCAAUUACUGCAGUUUUUUUUUUUUCAAGCAAAAUUUCACUCACUGCAGUCUACACAAAAGAAAUGUGUACAUAUUUUGUAACUUGCGGUAUAGAGUUAGUGAAUAAGUCUUGAAAUAGAGCAUAUUGUGAUGAUGAUGAUGUCAGUUAAGUUAUGAAGCCUAGGGAAAAUACUGAUGGAAUUUGAAGCUGACAUCUCGGAGACUCGGACUCUGGAUUUUUGUGUCA